AUAAGAUAAUACAUUUCAAAUGUAAAAUGUAAAUGCAAAGUGAGAUUUACUUUACUGUAAAUUUGACAUUUAUUAUAAUGUUUAGUGUUGCAGGCCCAAACAUUACUGCUAUUAGCACAUACUUGCCCACUACGUUUGAGAAUCCAAAUCUGCCUUCCUAAUGCCCGCAGCAUACUGCAUGCAAUGGUUUCUCCUCUCAUAAACCACAUAACCUUAAGAUGAAUGCCUUUUAUUCAUUCUGUCUUUCAGUCUUUCAUUUCUCCGUUUCUCUUUCCUCCUCCUUCUGGAAGUGUCUCCUGGCACCAGUCGAUUGCUGGGUUCAGUGACCCAUCCCUCUCCUCUCCUGUAAGUGCGGUCUAUAUCCUUAGCGAUGUGACAGAGGAGCCCAGCACUCAAGUUGUGAAGACCAUGACCAAAGCCUUGAAGUCCCCCACAUCCCAGGGAUUGCCCAAGCCGGGCGGCCAGAUGGGACAGGUGGCCCCGUCCUUCGGCACGGUGAGCGCCCCGAAGGCGCCGGUGCCCGAGCGGCCGGUCCCGCGGGCGCACCCCAAAGACGAGGCGUCCCUGGUGCAGCGGGCCGAGCACAUGCCCGCCAGCACGCGCACGCCCAUGUGCGCUCACUGCAACCUGGUCAUCAGAGGUCCCUUCCUGGUGGCCAUGGGGAAGUCCUGGCACCCCGAGGAGUUCACGUGUGCGCACUGCCACUCACCCCUGGCCGACACCGGCUUCGUGGAGGAGCAUGGCGUGGUGUACUGCGUGCAGUGCUACGAGGAGUUCUUCGCCCCCACGUGCGGCCGCUGCCAGUAUAAGAUCCUGGGGGAAGUGAUCAAUGCCCUGAAGCAGACCUGGCACGGGAGCUGCUUCCUGUGCGCGUCCUGUCAGCAGCCCAUCGGCAACAACACCUUCCACCUGGAGGACGGGGAGCCCUACUGCGAGAGAGACUAUUACAACCUCUUCGGCACCAGCUGCCGUGGCUGCGACUUCCCCAUCGAAGCAGGAGACAAGUUCCUGGAGGCCCUGGGGGGCACCUGGCACGAUACCUGUUUUGUGUGUGCGGUGUGUUCCACCAGUCUGGAAGGGCAGGCCUUCUUCUCCAAAAACGGCAAACCCCUGUGCAAGAAACAUGCCCACACCGUGAAAAUCUGAGCACUUCCCACAGAAAGGAGAGGAGAUGACAGACAGAGGAGAAGAGAAGAGAACCUUGUCAAUCGGCUGUUGAUUUUUAAACGAUCAAGCCUUUUUAUCCCUUGGACUUCUAACCCUUGUUUCUUUAUUUAGCAACUAUUUUGUCUUUUGGAGGGUUGCUCUCUUUUUUCUGCACUCUUUUUUUCACCCCCAUGUUUCUGUAUUUGAUGUUGCCUCCUAUGCCUGUGUGCUGCCUUUAGAGGAAUGUACCAUUCACAUUUGAGGGGUGAAGGCACUGUUUGAGACCAGACGGCAACUUUGUUCUUAAAGAUUUUGUGUGGAAAACCGAAAUAAUUCCUUUAAAUCUUUUUUCUUUGCACAUUCAAAAGAACGGGAAUUAAAUACUUAGUUGUAUGUUUCUAAAAAGAAAUCUAUGUUUCUUAAAGUUUCGUAAGUUUAUUAAAAACCCCAUAUGUGUUUUAUUUGCACGCACCUUUAUGUUAUCGGUCGAUGAGCAUACAGUGUUGGAAGUUGGGGGGGGCGGGUGUUGAGCAUUAUUAAUACAAUGUAAUAUUAUAUGAUAUUUUGAGUCUCAGAGACUAUUUCAGGGAAGUAAAGGAUGUGACUUGGGUCAGAUGAGACCUGCACAGGGCUCCUUUCAGGGUCACACCUCCGUGUUUCUGUGUGGAAAGGGUAUCGCUGUUAGCAUGGCAUCCUCAGAGAAGUGGUCAGGGAGAAAGAUUUUUGUUUGAUGACCCAUAAAAGGCUCAGUCUGUCACCUUGGCAACAUGAAAGAAGGAACAUUGAAGGAGUGAGAGAGGAGGUGAGGAUGAGCAGGGAGUGAGAGGAGGUGAGGAUGAGCAGUGUUUUGUCCUUCUGUUAAACCAGUAACACGGUUUGAUUGUUGUGACGGAUUUUCUGACUGCAGAAGCAGUGACCUUGAAUGACUUUAGCAACCAGAAAUAUUUGGCAGAAAUUGUGUUAUUGUGGAUAUCGCUGCAUUGCGUUUAAUUGGUUUUGUUAUGAUUGUCCCAAAAUAUUGCAAAUGAUCUUGAGCACAAUACAGUUGAGGGACGGUUGAAGAUUCAACCAACUGGCUUGGACAUUUUAACAGAUUUAAACUGAUAGAUUUCAUUUUGUGUCUGAGUUCAGAUAUCUCAGACUGCUUUUUGCACAUUUGUGCAAAAUUUAUAUAAUAUUUCCUUUGAUUUCACCAGUUCAAUUUUUUUGUGACAAAUCACAUGUACCCCUGGCCAUGGAUUCUGAUCUGUUCAGUCAUUAGUUUGCGCUUGAUGAGAUCAUGUAUAAACAAGGUGAUACCAUGAUGAGUAUAGCACCAUAGAAAUCAGCCCCACACCACUUUUGACUUGUAAACGUAUACUAAUGUUUCAGUCUCUUUCACACAGUUUCUUCAUUCCCCCCCCCCUCUCUCUCUCUCUCUCUCUUUCUCUGCUGUACCACUGGGAACAAAUACCUGUCUGAAGCUAAUCUUGUAGGGACUUGAAUCUGUUACUCUGGCUCAUUUGCUUUCACACUUGGUUGUCAGUGCAGGGAGUGAUUCUGUAUAUGUGCACAUUAUUGGUAAUUUCUUAGUGAUAGCACGUUUUUACACUUCUGUGUGUCGCUCUGGUGACUGGCUGUAAUGCUGUAAUCUGCAAAGACAUGUGUUCCUGUUACAGUUAGCUGAUAUAGCUAGCUUGUUUUGGUCUGACAAGUUUUUUCAUGGACCAGUUUAUGUGGAUGGGAAUGGUUUGGUAGCCAUUGGUCAUACUAUAUAUUUAUGCAGCUCUGCUGACAUUAACAAGCUAUGUGUAUUUGUAUUUUUUUUUUUUUUUUUUUUUAGAAUUACUAUUAUUUUUAAACCAAAAGUAUUUGUUGCCCUAACAAGUGAAAAAUCAUUAAUAUAAAAAAAUUGAAAGCUUCUUAAAUAUCUGACCAGUUUGCAAUUUGUAAUCUGAUGCAAUAUAAUACAUAAUACCCCACCCCAUGUUCCUGUGCUCUGAACCCUGUUUUACUGUUUCUGAAGUCGUCUCUGAAGGAGUGCAGCAUCUGUGUGUGCUCUGUUUGCCGGUAUUUUCUACCUGCGAUUUUAAUGAACGGACAUAUGUUUUUUUUCCUUUCAAAAUUGUAUAUAGCGCUGUCCGUUUGUCUUUGUCCCCAUCCCUGAUAUAGUUCUGGUCUCUUUGUGCAGUUGUAUUUAUCCUGGUGUAUUUAUUGAAGUGCGGGGAACGUCUUUCGAUUUCUGUUUGGUUUCACGCCCUGACAGUCAGGACAGAAAACAUGUUUGGGUGAUCGUGUCUCGUCCUGAUGUGCCGUCUAGCCAGUACACCAGAGUGGUUAGAGUUCACUUUCCCUCCCAGAAACAUUAGCAAAAGAGCAGCGUCAGGCUUGAGCAUAGUUACUGCAAUCUACAGUAUUCUUUUCAGUUUUUCUUCCUGUUAGAAGAAAGAACUGCUUUACUUUCAUUUCUGUAUUUCUGUUGUUCACAGAACGGUUUAGAAGAUACUGACAUCUCUGUCUCUGGGAAAGAACGGUAUAAAUAAAUAGCCAUAAUAGUAACUAAACAGAGCUGUACUUGACCUCCUGUGAUGUUUCCUGACCUGAGGUAUAAAACCAUGAGAUCUGUAAUGGGUUGUUCAUUAAAACACGAUGCCUAAUGUUUCUGAGCAACUUGUGGGAGCUUUCAGGUGGUCUAUUGUAUAUUAGGUACUUUGAUGUAUAACUGUGUUGCUUGGGGGUUCACAGGGUUUAAAAAUUGGAUAACACUUUAUUUGAAGGGUCCUACUGCAUAAGAGUUAUAUAACGUCUUCAUAGGCACUACAUAGCACAGUCAUAAGCACUGCAUAAGCAUUCAUAACCGCUUAUGUUAAUAACCGCAAAUAGGCAUAUGGUAUGUUCAACAUUGAUGCGGCAAGUCACAUUACCAAGACAUACCAAGUGAACUGACAAAGGAGCCUUAUUUUGGAAAAUGACACAAGCACAUCUGAAUACUUAUGUAGUGCUUAUGAAUUUGCUAUGUUGUACUUGUGAAUGCAUUAUAUAGCUCUUAUGUUGGGCCCUUAAAAUAAUGUGUUACCAAAAAUUGUAACAUUAUCAGUCUUAAGGCAACGUCAUAUGGAAACUCAUCUACACAGCUGCGAUGUAGAACAAAUCAGUGAGUAUUAAGGCCUUAUGAUUGUGAUCUUGAAUGGCAUAUAUUCAUUCUUUAAUUUGUUCCAACGUAAUUAAAAGAUGACCUUUUGGAAGGCAAAUACAGUGUAGCGAGGUAUUACAUUGCUGAGCAGAUACAAGAUAUCCAGAAGUAAAGUUUGUAUCAUCAAUGUGCGAAAGGGCAGGUACUUGCAGGAGUGGAGAAGACAUUGUUUUUAAGUUUGGGUUUUAGACAAUGUUAUUGCCAUAAAAAAAAUACUUUCUACCAAUUCCUCCUGUGCUAACUUGGCCCCGCAAGUCACAAACAUUGAGGUAAAUGCACAUCUAUAUGUUUAACAUGACUAAAUGUGUAUAAUUGUGCCAUAGGGAUGUUGAAAAGUAGUGGGCCAUUUUAUAUGACAGGUCUAUGCAGACACUACAGUAUUAGUGGUGUCAGUGUACUGAAAUACCUGCAUGUUUUGUGGCUUUUCCCCAGUGCAUAAUUGAGGAGGUUUUGCCAAAAAAGGACUUGGAAACAGCUAUGUAUGAGAAAGAUGUAUUGUGUGUGUGUGUGUGUGUCCAUGUGCGUGUGUGCAGGUGCGUGUGUGUGUAUGUGUGUGUGUAUGUGUGCGUGUGUGCGUGCGUGUGUGUGUGUACAUGUGCAUGUGCCUGUGUGCGUGUGUGUGCGUGUGCGCGUGUAUGUGUAUGCUUGAGCUGUGAUGACCUUGUACUCAAGUCCAAUUAGACUUUUAUUUGAAAUAAGUUUUGUUCAUUUUCAUACCAGGUUAAGGGCUCUUGUAUUUCAUUUCAUUCUAAAGUAGUCAUGUGUUUUCAUUGAGUGCCACAGUCUACGCAUGGACGUUCUGCAUUGCAAUGGGCUAAAAUUUUUAUUUUAAGAAUCUGUGUGGGGGGAAAAAGUGAAAUACAAUGACCAAUGUUUUAUUUCCGUCUGUCCUGUGCUCCUGUAUCUAAAGCUGUGUUUCUGCACACGCUCAGUGAUUAAUAAAAUGGCGUAGGUGGCCGUGAAUGGCCAUGCA